AUGGAGAUGGGAAACCCCUCAGAUCUGAGUGUCUCCAUGCUCUCGCCAUCAUCAGACCUGCCAAUCAUAGAUCCAGAACUGUGGCUAGACUCCAGGCCUGAUUCAAAAAGCAGAAAGACCUCCACAUUAUGCCCUUUAACCUCUGUCCGUCCUAACACAGAGGAUGCUGAGCUGAGAUCCAGUGUCUCUGUGAAUAAGUGCCGUGUGUGCAGGAAAGAGUUUAAAACCAGCUGUGCUCUUAAAACACACCUCUUGAUCCACAGACAUGAAGGGCCACAUAUCUGCAGCGUCUGUCAGAGAGCAUUUAAAAACUAUCAUCAGCUCACUUCCCACAGGAUGACCCACCACAAGAGGAAGACAUAUCACUGCACUCAAUCUGGCUGCCACAAAACCUACAGUGACAAAAACUCCCUAAAACAUCACUGUGCGUCUCGACAUGGACUCCACCUCACGUCUCCCUCCUCCACCAGCUACGCUUACAACUAUGACCUGCCGGCCUCGCCGUGGGAGCCUACGGUUAAUCGUGCGGCGCGCGGCCUCUUCAGCGCUCAACCAAAGCCUGUUUUAGCUCCUGUGCUAAAAGAGCCCAGUUAUUCUGGAAGACCCAAGCUUGGGUUGGGGUGCUAUGCAGAAGACACCCAUCGCGCUCAGGUAAAACGCUCAACACACCAGGAAAGCUGGACUUUAGCGACUGCCAGUGAAUCGUAUAAGGUUGAAGAAAGCGCCAAGAUGCUCAACUCAACCCAGUGGACUUUAGGUCUCGACGCUGUUGAAGAAAAUCCUGUGCUUUCACAGAAUCCAUUUCAUGUUCUUGGUUUGGAAAGCAAUAUUGAUUUCCCUGAGUCUUACCCUGAAGAAUGGAAAGAGAUGCUUUCAUUUCAGCCGAACCUUACAGCGACCUCCAGCGUGGGCCGCCCCACGAGACCACCAGCUUCAGUCGGCCCCAAGAAGCAUUGUCCAAUCCUGCUGAAACACAGUCUGAAAGACCCCAAACCUCUGAACAAGUUAAAGCGACGCCACUCCUUUUCCAGUUUUACUCAACCUGCCUUAUUGUGCCCUGAACCGAAAAGUGAUUUUGAUUGUAACCUUCCUGAUCCUGCACUUCCUUCUCCUCCUCCUCAUGCACCAUUACCCAACAGCAGGAAGAGGAAGUCUAAGGACGUCUCGUCUGAUGUCCCAGCUCCUCCACUGCCUGUUCCUCAGCCCAGUUGUCAUAAACGUUCACGCUCUUUGUACCUCGUUUCACCUAGUCAGGUGGCGCUUGCAUCCUUCAGCACUUAUCUAGGCAACCCAUUUUUACAAAAGGAGUCCAUUAGGAAAUCAACAGGAGAGGAACCAAGCUCUGGUUGCAGAACAUAUAAAAGAACUUCAUCUGUACGCAGAGCUCGAUCGCAGCCCUCUUGUUCUCAAGAAGCUCUUUCCUCUGUUGGAACAAAGGAGAAACAUAAUUCACAGCCGUCUCCCUCAACGCUGGAUGAAGGACAGAGGGGCAAUUCAGGAAAAAAGCAAAAGUCCAAAGGGACAAUCCUAUCCCCACUGAUCAUGCCUGUGUCUGUCCCAGUCUCUGUCACAGACGUUUUAGACCCCCAAGCUUCCACACAUCAAGCUGAGAGAUCACAAACUCGUAAAGGUGCAUCUAAGAGGUCUCGUUGUCCUGACCCUUUAAAGCACCUGAUCAUCCCCAGUCCACCUCUGCCUCGCUCUUCUUCACCACAGUGGGCCCAGGAUCAGGAAACCCAGGGUUUGCAGAGAUGCCUUGGUUACCCCAGCCAGCUGCGCUCGCCAACCUAUCUGUCAGACCACCUGCUAAGCCCUCGGUUUCAUCCCUACACCCCUCAGCCCAUGCUGAGCCCUCUUCGUCCUGGGACAGGCCUCUACUCUAAAAGCCUGCCGCAGUAUCAUCCACCUAACACCCUCGAUGGCGCCCCCUUCCCAAUUGACAACACAGUCGUCAACAUAAGGCCGAGGAUUAACGUGGGUUCGCGGUUUCAAGCAGAGAUCCCCCCAGUGCGUGACACGCUCUACACACUUUAUGAAGAACACCCUGCUCAGCUCGUCUGGACUCCUUGGAAAGAUCUCUCUACCAACACAGAGACACAGCAAAGGGUCACAGAGCUUAUAGACAUGUGUUGUUCCAGUGUGCUACCCGGAGGAGGCACCAACAUCGAACUCGCUCUCCACUGCCUUCAUGAUGUCCAAGGAAACGUAAUGGCAGCACUGGAUUUACUGCUAAUGAGAGGAGAUUAUCGGACCUCCUGGCAUCCGCUGAAUGAUUACCACUACACAGGGUCAGACCAGUGGACUGCUCAAGAGAUGAAAGUGUUCAAGAAAGCUCUGGUUGACCAUGACAAGGACUUUCAACAGAUUCAUAAUGUGUUGCAGACAAAAUCAAUAGCUCAGUGUGUGGAGUAUUACUAUAACAUGAAGAAGCUGAAAAAGUUAAAGCAACGUGGUCGAGCCGUCAAUAAAAAGGAUGGAUGUGGAGAGAAUGCUAAGGUGUUCAAUUGCUUCCAAGUGCACCAACAUGAGCAGACAGACGGAAACGCGUGACAGAAGACAACAGCUGCUGAGGGC